GCACCGCAACGAUGAAGCCAGCCGCUUGCACUGCCGCCGUGCUUGCCAUCCUUCUGGCCGGUGCUACUGUCGCUGAUGCUCAGAUCAGGGACUAUAGAGGCCACAGGCUGGAUCUCCUCAGGCUGCUGGCGGAUCAGCCGUGGGUUCCCAACUACCGGUGGGAGCGCACCCCGCACAUCGACCUGGAGCUCAACACGGACCUGGAACAGCGAUCUCUACCACGCACGACAGAAAACGAGGACGCGAACGUUUACGCAGACCAUGAUCUGAGGGCUGCAUCCGAGAAACGUUCAGCGGUCGGCACAGCGCUGAACUCGGGGCGGCGAAGACGCCAGCCGACGCCGGCGCUCGGUAAGGCUGUCACGCCGUAUGUCGGCGUCGGUGUCCUUAAUGACGUAGGAUCAUUCUUUGACUCGCUCCGUGAUAACCUGGAGGCACUGGCAUCACUGUCUCCGCAGCAGCGAUCCACUCUGUUCCAGGAUACACCAUCCGUUGUUCACGCCCCAGCUGCUGGUGGCGGUGGUGGCGGCAGCGGCAUAAGAAAACUUCACGCACUUCGCCCUCUCAGACCUACUGGCAAUAUCAGAUCUUACAACCGCAGAUCGUUCGUGGAGGCGGACGGGAUCUACCCAGGGGCCAACAAUCACGACCCGGGCCUGCUGUGGACCGGCCUCGGUCGGUAAACACCACUCCGUUACUACCCACCGCGCGACUUGCCGUAACACUCACCGCCCGAUUUCCCGUAACACCCACCGCGUGAUUUCCUGUAACACCCUGUUCGAGAUUCUCCGUAACACUCUAUUCGAAAUGCAAAACGAUGCUUACCUUUUACCGGCAAGGGAUUAUAGAAUUACCAACCUCAGACCUCCGCAUGCCCGAAGCUACGAUGCAAGAAACAAGCUGAUCAAUUAUCAGUUUACAUCGUCUUGCUAUCUAUAAAAUGAUGAUGAUAUUGCGUGAUGUUAUUUACUGUGAAAUACUGAUGUUGUUAUGUGUAUGUAUGUAUGUACUUUUAACAGGAACUUUAGUUUCACAAGAAAUCAU